GAGACGAAGACUUUUAUUUUGAAAGUAAUAGGCGCAAGAAGGCGUGUAUACUAGGCGACGUUGCCAAGAUACCGAUAUACACGAACCCCGAAAAUACAAUAAAUUACAGAUAACCUCAUUCCGCCUUCAUUUUUUUUAACUUUCAGAUGACUUAGUAUCAUCCUGCACUCCUCCUAAUAUACCUUUAGUGGGCAGCCACCCCCCCCCCGUCAUAACGCACACACACAUUUCGGACACGCCCACGGGCGUGGUUAAUUAUUGUCGACACGCCUCCUUCUGCCGUGGCUGUGGUUGCUGUGACAACGAACAGAAGACCAUUAACUGAAGAAGGAGUUGUUCACGAUAAACAAUUUGUAGAAGCUUCAUAACGCCACAAAGUAAAUAUAAAACUGUCCUAUGUCGAAAAACAAGGCAGUGGGGUACAAGGGUGCUUACGGUUACCAGAAGAGAAGAGAUGGGGAAGGGAGGAGUUGUGUGCGCUUCAGAUGUAGCCUGACCAACACAAUCCUGGAUGUUCUUCACCAGAGACCAGGCUGGGUCGAGGUCAAGGAUUCAUUUUUGUCUCAACUGUAUAGGGAUGGAGAAUGGGACUUCAACUGGUGUGAUGUGGGGUGGCUCAGAGAGAAUUUUGACCACACUUACAUGGAGGAGCAUGUUAGAAUUUGUCACUUCCGAAACCACUAUGAGUUGACACGCAAAAACCUUUUGGUCAAGAACUUAAAGCGCUAUAGAAAAACACUUGAUCGUGAAGCUGGCCGCCAGGAGGCAGCUAAAUGUGACUUCUUUCCACGGACCUUUGAACUCCCUAGUGAGUACCAUCUCUUUGUUGAGGAGUUUAAGAGAAGUCCAGGCAACAUCUGGAUUAUGAAGCCGGUGGCCCGCUCACAGGGGAAGGGAAUUUUUCUUUUUCGGAAACUGAAGGAUAUCAUGGAAUGGAAAAAGGAUGGAAUCCGCUUUGAGGAACAAAAAGAAGAAGCUCAGGUUGAGAGCCAUGUUGCCCAACGUUAUAUUGAGAACCCUUAUCUCAUAAAUGGCAGAAAAUUUGACCUCAGAGUCUACGUUCUUGUAACUUCAUAUCUCCCACUCAAGGCUUGGCUGUAUAGAGAUGGUUUUGCCAGAUUCUCCAACACCAGAUUCUCCCUUAGCAGUAUUGAUGAUCAGUAUGUCCAUCUCACUAAUGUGGCAGUACAGAAAACAGCCCCGGACUAUGAUCCUGAGAAGGGUUGCAAAUGGCAGAUGCAACAGUUGCGACGUUACUUGACUGCAAAGCAUGGUAGAGAGACAGUGGAGGCUCUUUUUAACGACAUUUACAACAUCUUUAUCCGCAGCUUACAGAGUGUGCAGAAGGUCAUCAUUAAUGACAAGCACUGUUUUGAGUUGUAUGGAUAUGACAUUCUGCUGGACCAGGAUCUUAAGCCGUGGCUGCUUGAGGUGAAUGCUUCUCCCUCUCUCACUGCCAGCAGUCAAGAGGAUUAUGAGCUGAAGUAUAGACUGCUGGAGGACACUUUGCAUGUUGUGGACAUGGAAGGCUGUCUUACUGGCAGAGAAAAGCAGGUUGGUGGAUUUGACCUCAUGUGGAAUGAUGGCCCAGUCUACAGGGAAGAUGUGAGCUUGGAGGCUCUGGGAAGCACCUACCAAAUAGCCAACACACAUCUUGGCUGUGUGAAUGAUCGGAAGAAACAGCUGCAACAGCUCUUGAAGCCACAUCCAGGACAGAAGAGAAUAUGAAUAAAAAACUAUACACA